GUGUGUGUGUGUGUGUGUGUGUGUGUGUUCAGAGAAGGCCCAGGCGUACUUUGAGAGUGUGGAGCAGCAGGGCCAGCAGCAGGAUGAGAACUGGCUGUGCCGCGUACGACUUUUCUGCCGUGUCAUGCGCGCCAUCAGUGUCUCCCCCAGAAACAUUGGCAAAGACGGAAAGUUCCAGAUGCUUGUGUGCCUGGGAGCUCGGGACCACCUGCUCCACCAUUGGAUUGCUCUUCUGGCUGAGUGUCCAAUCACAGCUCAGAUGUAUGAAGACUCUGCCAUGCUGAAGGAUCAUUCUCUGGUCAACUCUCUGAUCCGAGUGCUGCAGACUCUACAGGAGUUCAACAUCACACUGGAGGCGUCACUCGUCAAGGGUGUUGGCCUCUGAGUUAGGCACACACACACACACACACACGCACACACACACACGCACACACACAACAUUCCAAACUCAUACAUAAUGUCACACCUUUGUGGGACCAGAGAACUAUUUCCUACUUUUGUGGAAAGGGACCUGAACCUGAAGCCUGACGGCUUAUUCUGAACCUGAAGUUCGGCUUAUUCUGAAGCUGCCGUCAUGUUUGCCAUAUAUUGAGCGCUAUGAGCCUUCUCAAACGUGUCCAGUUUUUUUAUUCUAAAGCUGUGGCCAUUCUAUUGAAAACAUUUUCUAUGUCACCCAGAAAUUCUCCAGAACUCAACGCAGGUUUCUGCGGUCCACAUGUGCAGAUGUUCCAAAAGGCGAAUAGUUGUUUUGUUUUGUGAACUGCUGAUAUGUUCUGUAUUUAAACGGAGAACCAGGGAGAUGACGAAGAUGGAGAUGACGUGUUAAUAUAUUUUCAGAGAAAAUCAGUAUUAUUUUGAUAUGCCUGUCAGGUUGCUUGCUGUGAGUUCAGUGUCAUUCAGUAAGUCGUCAUAGGAAGCGAAGCUGAUGGGGUAAUAAUGCUUCAGAAAUGAAGUGUGUUUUUAAGGAUACAUCAGAGAUUAAGUGUGCUCUUUAAGGAUACAUAAAAAACGAAGUGUGCUUUUUAAGGCUACAUCAGAGAUUAAGUGUGCUUUUUAAGGAUACAUAAGAAAUGAAGUGUGCUUUUUUCAAGGAUACAUCAGAGACUAAGUGUGCUUCUGUGUGAACAAAAUUAAACUGAUCUCAAAUGCA